AUGAAGGCCACCCUCCUCUACCUCUCCGUGAGCUGCCACCUCACCGGCGCCCUCGCAGGCCCCGUCGAAACUUCCUACAAUCCGGUGACCCUUGCCGACUAUGGCACCUUCUCGGGUCUCGUCGUAACCGAGACCUUCACGGGCAAGUCCCUCCCGUCGCCGGUUGACGCCUGGCUCGGCAUGGACUUUGCGACGCAGCCCGUUGGUGAUAAUCGCUUCCGCGCCGUAGGCUGGCCGGCUCCCUUCGACGGGAUCAAGCCCGCCACCGAGUUCAAGAAGGCUUGCCCACAGGCCGUCACUGCGGUCCUGCCCAGUGAAGACCAGUCCGAAGACUGCCUGCAGUUUAACGUCUGGCGGACCCCGGGGGUUUCUUUGGACGAGAAGCUCCCCGUGAUGGUGUGGUUCAUGGGAGGAGCAUUCAAUCGUGGCAACCAAAAGCUUUUCGAUGGUGGCAGCUUCGUUGCCAACUCGCCCAAGCCCAUGGUUUUUGUUUCUUUCCAUCACCGCAUCGGAGCUUUGGGGUUCCCGACCAGCGACCUUUUCGAAAGACAUGAUGGCCUCAACCUGGGAGUCAGAGAUUCGAGGCUGUUUCUUGAGUUUGUCCAGAAGCACAUUUCCAGCUUCGGAGGUGACCCCGACACCGUCACGAUUGGGGGACUAAGUGCCGGUGCUCAUGGUGUCGGAAUCCAACAUGUCGGCAACCACAGCGAUUCGGCAGGCAAGCCACUGUUCGCCCGCGUAUACUACAUGUCCGGCUCGUCAACGGCCCGCGCCUUCCCCGGUGUAGACUAUCCUUUGUAUCAGAAGCAGUUCAGCGAGUUCCUGGAGCGGACUGGUUGCAACAGUGCCGGAGACGAUGACGAGGCCACAAUCGCCUGCCUGCGUGCAGUAUCUUGGGAGGCCAUUCGCGAUGCCUCGGUAGGCAUCUUUAACCAGUACGACAAGGCAAUCACAUGGCCCUGGCAGCCGGUGCAAGGAGGUCCUCUUUUUGCCAAGCCAGGCUCUCAAUCCGGAAUCGACGGUACUUUUUACCACGUGCCAGUCAUCUCCUCGAGCACGACGGACGAGGGGAGACGGUACAUCCCGGGCACUCUAGAAACCAACGAGGAGUUCCUGAACUUUAUGCACAACAUCGCGCCGGCCCUGACUGAAGACGACAUAAACCUCAUGGCGAAUUUGUACCCGGACCCAGCAACGGAUCCAAGCUCGCCGUACACAAACAGCAUGAACAGCACGCAGUUCAGCCGCCUGUCGGACGCGUGGAGCGACUACGCGUACAUCUGCCCUUCGCAAGAGAAUGCGUACCGCAGCGCCGUGGCGGGUCUCCCGGUCUGGAAGAUGCGCUGGAACGCGGGCGACAACCUCCCCGCCUGGAGGGGUAUCCAGCACGCCACGGACCCGGCCUACACCUGGGCCGAGCCCACGGUGGAGUUCCCCGAGCUGGGCAAGGCGCAGCAUGCGUACAUUGCGAGCUUUGCAUUGACCGGCAACCCAAACACCUACCGCCUCGCCGGGUCGCCCGAGUGGCCCAACUACAAGCCCGAGGGCUAUGGCAUCGAGAGUCCGGCGCCGGACCAGCUGGUUAUGAACCCCAGCGGACCCGAGAUCGAGAAGGAUGACGCCAGGCGCGAGGCUUGUUUGUUCUGGCGGGACCCUGAGAGGGCUCCGAGGCUGAACAAGUGA